AUGGAUAAAAUUUUCCAAGAUACUAUACAAAACGAUUCUGAAAAUGAGAUAGUGAAAGAAUUUAAUCAAUAUUUUCCGGCAUUAAAAUACAAUUUUUGUGAUCAACAAGGUUUAAUUAAAACGAAACCUGUCGUAACUCCCGAACCCGAACCUUCCGAUAAAGAGGAUAAUGAAACGAAGAAAUCUCCAUGUACAUGGAAAAAAGAACCAAUUAAGCUUUUAUUAACAUAUUUGAAAGAAAAUAAAAAAGUGGUUCAACGGUUAACAAAACGUG